AUGGAAUCACUGUCAAGCCGCGUUGGCUUGGAGGAAACUAGCGCAUCUUCACCUCCUUCAGCUUCAUGGCCUGCCGAAUGCACGUUUAGUAACGCUGCUGUCACGUAUGAGGCUUCUCCUCCCUCGUUGGAUACUGGCAAACACAAUGAAAGACAUCAAAGUAGCUCCACUGCUAGGAGCGCUUGCCUACAGUGCAUACCUUGCGAUGAUCAUGGAACCCAGAUGAAGCCAAGUAUAUCUGGUGUUGCUUGCGGUAAACCCACGCUGCCUGCCCCAGAAGUGGUGGGCCACGAUGCAGCGCUUCCAACAGUAGGCCCACAGGGAGGAGGCCUGGGGACUGACGUGUCAACUGAAUACGUGGUGGCGCUGCAGGAUGCGGGUCAAUUUAAUAUGUGGGAGCCGGUCCUCCGCAAAGUGCUUCCAUCUCAGGAGCACUCCCUCUUGCUGGGCCAGAUCUGCUUCGAUGUGACAGAUGGGGACCAGCGGGGCUCUUGGUUGCUACCGGAAGAGCUACUGGCUGAGUGGAUCGCAUCGGCUGGUGAGGAUCACGAGGACAGACAAAUCUUCACUAACACGCCGGUCAGUGAGGAAGAACAGGACGCCAUAGAACAGGUCCUCUUGCAGCUUCUGGAAUCACAGGAAGAGGAUGUCGAGAACACAGCAAGUCGAGAUCCCAGCACGAUUUUGGGGGUACAACCAGUCUGGUUGGAACAACUCGUGCUGAGAUACCUGUACAGCUGUUCUUUUGA